UAGCUCCACCUACUUUUCAUAGGCCUCUCCAUCUCCCGCUUUCUGUCAAAGCGUGAAGGCGGUGACGGGUGUGUCUGUCUGUUGUGGUGUUAAGAACGGCAAAAGCUGCCGCUGCUUGACUCCUUGGCUCGAAGUUCGCGUAUGGCACCUCAAAGUGUUUAAAAAAAAUGGAGACAAAAGGAAUGAUUGGUAAGCCCCUCCAGCCAGCAAGACCUGCACGCCAUCUCUCUCCCCACGCAUCCUUUCCCGCAGUAUCAGCAACCACUUUCACUUUCCAGGCUAAGUUUCCAUGCAACACUCCUGUAUAUUUGCAUAAUGAAAUUAGUUCGAUGUGCAAGUCUAAUGGAAUGCUGGUGUUAAAUGAAAGUCUGAUUCCUACUCUAUCAGAGCAACAUAAACCUGAAAUCACAAAAGAGAGGAUAACAUAUAGUAGAGAUUUCCUCUUGAAGCUUUCAGAGGUUUCACUUGCCCAAAAGAAACCAGAAUUUCUUCCUGAUCACCCCAUUGUACUUGAAAAACCAUUGGUGUACCCAUCAGUUCAUAUCGGAAGUAAAGCUGUUUUCAACAGAAAAUUUAUGUGAAUCAACUUCAAGUUUUGUAUGACUUUGAACCGAUAGUUCAUUGUGCUUUUAUAGUUAUAAAGGAGAGAACUGCUAAAAUGAGGCAGAACCACUGUCACUUGUCAAAUUUGGAAAUGUUGCACAUAACAACAUACUGUCAUAGCUGUUGGUGUCCUAAGGACUGAAGUUCACUUUACCACUUUUGCUGCAACUGAUUAGAAAUGUGCAAUGGUGGGGAAGGCUUUUCUCAUUGAUGAGCUGCUAUAUACUACUGACUCCUCAUGGCUACAUACUGCAUACACCUUACAGUAAGCUAAUAGCCAACCAUCAUAUGGUAAAUGUUGCUCUUUCAUUACAUUACAUUCACCUUUAGUGAAUGUAAAAUAUAGCGUGUAUAUUAUAUGUGUACCUAAAAUAUUGACUAGUAUUUUUAAAAAAUACACAAAUUUCUGCCACUGAAAUCAUUGGGACUUAAAAGAACUUUCCUUUGAUUGGAUUUUGCCAUUUUUUCUAAUGUUAUAACAAUUUCUAAUGCAUUUCUUAAUAGUAGCGGUCUGUGUUAAUAAUUUUGUCUCUUGGCCUGGCCUUUUCCCUCUCUGCUCCCAUUUUUCACCUUAUCUUUUUCUAUACGAUAUCAUCUAAGAACUAGUUAACACAUUGAAUAUAAAAAAAAUGCACCUAGUAAAGUUUAGUUUUUCAUUUUCCAUCAAUCACUGUAACUCUUCCUAAAUAAUAAACUAGAUUGAUUAGGGUGGGGUGGAUUUUAAACUGUAGAUUUAAUUAUGUGACUGCAUGCUAUUGAUCUGUAAAGUCUAUGUAGUAAGGGAAGAUAAAGUAUACAGCAAAGGAAGAAAAUGGCGGGAAAAACUAUGAAAACACAGCUUUUCAAGAGUUAACGCUAUAAACAAUAUGGUCUUAUAACAUUAGAAAAGAGUAUUAUAUAAGCAGUGUAUUCCACUAAUCUUUCUGCUUGAUUUUGUUAUCAAACUAUAUUGAUUCAUUAGUAUACUACAUUAAUAAAAUACCAGUCGCCAAGUCA